AUGUAUGCAAGCCACAUCCAUCUACAAGUUAGUUCUCUUGCUAAUUUUCUUUCUUUCUUCUUUUUUUUUUUUCUUUCUUUCUUUCUUUCUUUCUUUCUUUCUUUCUUUCUUUCUUUCUUUCUUUCUUUCUUUCUUUCUUUAUAUCUCUUAGAGUCUUAUUUAUUUAUUGUCUUCUCUUUUUCUCGCUUCUUUCUUUCUUUCAUUUUUAUUUAUUUAUUCUCUUCUGCUUUUCUUGAUUCUUUUUUCUUUCUUUCGUUUUUUCUUUCUUUCUUUUCUUUCUUUCUUUCUUGCUUUCUUUCUUUCGUUCUUUCUUUCUUUAUAUCUCUUGUAGUCUUUUAUUUAUUUAUUCUCUUCUCUUUUUCUCGAUUCUUUCUUUCUUUCUUUCUUUCUUUCUUUCUUUCUUUCUUUCUUCCUUUCUUUCUUUCUUUCUGUCUUUCUUUCUUCCUUUAUAUCACUUGUAGAUGUUUAUUUAUUUAUUCUCUUCUGCUUUUCUCGAUUCUUUCUUUCUUUCUUUCGUUCUUUCUUUCUAAGUUUAUAUCUCUUAGAGUCUUAUUUAUUUAUUCUCUUCUCUUUUCCUCACUUCUUUCUUUCGUUCUUUCUUUAUAUCACUUUCUUUUAUUUAUUUAUUCUCUUCUCUUUUUCUCGAUUCUUUCUUUCUGUCUGUCUGUCUUUCUUUCUUUCUUUAUAUCACUUUUUAUAUUUAUUUAUUCUCUUUCUUUCUUUCUUUCUUUCUUUCUUUCUUUCUUUCUUUCUUUCUUUCUUUCUCAACAAGAGACUUUCACAGGCGAGGAAUACGAAUGA